AUGAGGCCUGACUGGCGUGCCGAGACCUCGCCGCACAAUACGCACGCCGCCGCAUCGCCCUCAUCCUCCUCGGGAGCAGACACACGCGGCGAAAAGAUACCCAGGGCACUCGCCGGCGACGACAGCUGGACACGCGGGGGGGACCCUGCUGAUCCCACGUCGCGCCCCGCGCUUGUCGCGACCUCGCAUCGCCGACCACCACCGACGUCCGACGACCUAGACUUGGACAUGACGGCGCGCCAGCAACUACGCCGUCAUCUUCUUGACCGGAAACCGCGACAACUUCAGCCCCCAAUGGACCAGCGCAGCGCCGCCAGCUCCGCCCACAGCUUCACCCGCUCCGUGACAAACUCCCAAGAAUCCGCCGCCACGACGUCGACGGAUCAGAUCGUCACGCCUCCCCCUAGCGACACCAGUGCCGGCCUCGACGGCUCAGUGCUGACAGAAGGUGGCAGGGGAAACGACGGCGCCAAGGAGGCCACGGAAAGCCAGCUGCAUCAACUUUCCGCCGUUGCCGCCGUCCAGGACAGGAUGGUGCCGGACGAAGCGGGUGGCGGCGGCUCGAGGAAGCGCAUGGCCGACGGCGCGGUCAAGACGCGUGACGGCAGCGUGAGUCCGGUAAAAGGACACUCGAGGACCACGAGCGCCAUCAGCAUGGCCUCGACCACCGGCAGCAACAUUGGCGAAUUGUCUGCCGAACUCAAGACGCUCCUCUCCUACGCCAUGGUCAAGGUUAACCACGGCUGGCAGUCACGGUCUCUUGAUGAGGUAGAGUCCCUGGCUUCUCAGGCAGUGUCACCCACCUCGAGUGCCUACACCGUGCAUCGCCCGCAGGACGCCUCGACCAGUCCGCGGCAGCCCGUGGCUUCUACGGCGGCUCACGUUCACUUCCCACAGAAUCCCACGAGGGCCCGGCGCGAGUCCAACUCGCCGCCUUCGCUGCUAUCCCCCGCUAAGCCGGCCCUGGCCGCCGCAGCCUCUAUCCAGCCUGCCGUACCUCCUUCCAAAUCCAGCCUCAACGCUCGCCGCAAUUCGAAUCCUCGGUAUACACCUACGAUGCUCUCCCGCGCACCUUCGGCCUCUCCGCACACGCCAGGCCCGGCUCCGCGACCCGACACACGCCAGCCGUCCAUGUCACGAGCGGAGCAGGACGUGGCCGAGAGCCUGCUAUUCAUGAGCAGCCCGGGGAACUCGACAAAUCUCAAGCACACCUUUUCACCCUCCAUAUCCCCAGGCGCUCAGCAGCCCAUACCGCCCCGGAAUGUCGGCGCAAGGCAUGCACUGCCCAGCGGCCCCCGCAAAGCGCUCCCGACGCAGCGGCCUGUCGCUGCCGGUAAGAAGGUUGGAGGCAUGCCCCCGCCUCCGGGCUCGCCCAUGGACCUGGAUUCGCCGCGAUCGACUUUACUCUCUCCUGUCCGCGGAGCCCCCAAGAGACGGGCGAAUGGUGCGAGCUCCCAUGUGAGGGCGUCUCUGUCACUGCCUAGUGGCCUGGGAAUGGUUCCAGGCAACGCGAGAAAGAGCCUGCGAGACGAGGACAUUGAGCGAAUGCUGGACCGCGCCGGCACCGAGUCACCCGACAGCUCUGACGGUGAAGAUAUUCAACUGCCUCCGGGCCGGAGAGGCGUGGCCAGUGCCAUGGAGACGUAG